AUGGAAGCAUUUUCGAAGAUUCUUCUCUCUGUCCGAGCUGCAUGCACAGCCGGGGAAUUUCCAACGACAGAUGGUGUGUUCAAAUCCGUUGCGCUCUCUGUCCAAGAGCACAUGGCGGGAUUUGACGCAUCGCACGACUUCAAUCAUGUCAUUCGCGUCGCAGCUUUAUCUCAAUACAUAAUGGCAACCGAACGCCGAAUCAACCCACAGCACAGAGCCAACUCAGCCAUUGUCCUUCUCGCUGCUCUCCUUCACGAUGUCACGGACAAAAAGUAUACAAAAGACUCAGAGCUGGGAUUGAGACUGACACAGAUUUUGGAAAAAGCUGGUGUCGGUGAGCCUUUCGCGACCGCAGUCGUGGCCAUUGUCAACAACGUUUCGUAUUCGACAGAAAUCCGCGAUCCUGAUCACACCCAGUCCAUUUUGGAAAUGCAUCCAGAGCUGGGAAUCGUACAAGAUGCCGAUAGGUUAGAUGCCAUUGGGGCAAUCGGGGUCGGCCGUGCAUUCACGUUUGGUGGUGCAAAGAUGCCCUUGUCCGACAUGCAGCUUUCCAGAGACCACAUGACGGAAAAACUGGAGAAACUUGAGUCUAUGAUGAAGACGGACACGGGAAGAAGACUGGCAAUAGAACGAACGCAGAGGAUUCACACCUUUUCGAAGUGGUGGGAUGAAGAAAUCAGGGUUCUCGAUGUGCUGUCUACCAAGUAA